UAACACCAUCCCUCACCCCAGAAAAAAACAGGUCAUUUUUUACCUCAAAUUUAACAUGCUAUAUGUUUGUGCCAAAGAUAAAACAAACCCAGAUGUGUUGGAAUGGUCAAAGCAGGUGCUAGGUUUCCCAUAAGGGUUUGCUGAUAAUUUCGCACCAUUGUUUUUUCAAGGUGUGUGGUUACAUGUUGAAAAUAUCGAUUGCUAACAAGUUUAUAUUUCGUGAUUCGCUUUUAUAGAUAUACGUGGCAGUUUUUUUUUUUCGCGACUCUAACGCUGGGAACCUAUCUGGUUGCCGGCUAAAUAUUGAUUUUAUUUCAUUACCUUAAUAAUCAUAAUUCAUAUUGUGGAGCGACACUUCACCAAGAAAGGAGAGCCGCCGCUGCCUCAUUAUUGAAACUGUUGUCGGGAUCAGAAGAGUCUAAAGGUUGUUUCUGAUCUGUGACCAGACUUCAAAGAUUUACAACAAAGGUACGCCUAAAAAUGACACCGGCAGAACAGAAGGAAGCCGAAGCCAAUGGAGCAAGUCUGAGAGAAGUCAAAAGCGAAGUGUCAUCUAACAGCUCGUGUGAGGAUAUUGCCCCAUUUCAGAAGAGGUCUCGACGCAAGGAAUGCAUAUUCAUCACCAUUGCAGUGGUCCUUGGUGCCGGACUUAUAGCUGUUCUUGUUUACUUUUCAGUGACAAACGCUUUAAAAGAAGAUGAACCGAUAGCGAGAGGAAGUCAAGGCGAAGAUUCGACCAGCACUACACCAGAUUAUGGUCAAAAUUACGAUUACCAGACAGGGGACGAUUACAAUUCAGGACCACAGACUCGUGACGCUUCGGGAGGUGAUUCAAGUCCUGGGGGACAUCUUCGUUCAAUGCGUAAGUAUAUGCAUGAUGUAGUGCAAACACCGAGCGCGGAUCCAGAAGGCGAGAUGAGAGUCAUGACCCCCUUUGCAUUUAGCUUUUAUGCACAUACUAAAACAAUCAAGGUCUGAACAUAAACUUACUUUGUUUUUCGUGUGCGGAGGAUUGACCUAUGACCCCAUUGGAAAACUAGUAUUAUGUUUAACCCUAUCCUGGCUAUGUAUUAGCCCUUGCGAAAAUUUGGUGACCUCUUCUGGUAAAAGCCCUGGAUCCGCGCCUUUUUCUUGUGCUGUGAAUAUAAGUAACCACACUAAUUUGACAUCCUAAGGUAAGACAUCAUUGAACACUAUCUUUUGUUCCUGAAAAUAUGAACUAAAAAGAUAUCAGUAGGGAAGGAUUUUGAACUGGAAUUUUAUAAGAAUUGGAGAUAUUGCUUAGAAGUUUUGACAUUUGGCAAUAU